CUGAGCCCCUGAUGUCUUUCGGGAUGGCAGCUAGGUGACGACAGUUGAGGAUGACCCUGACUGAAAAACUGCGCGAGAGGAUAUCGCGGGCGUUCUACAACCACGGGCUGCUGUGCGCUUCCUACCCCAUUCCCAUCAUCCUCUUCACGGGGUUCUGCAUUCUGGCCUGCUGUUACCCACUGCUGAAGCUGCCGCUGCCUGGCACGGGACCCGUGGAGUACAGCACCCCCGUGAAGGAUUACUCUCCACCCUCUCCCGACGCCGCUCUGCAGCAAGGGGAUCUCGGCGAGCGUCCCGACUGGUAUGUUGGUGCUCCCGUGGCCUACAUCCAGCAGAUCUUUGUGAAAGCUACCGUCUCCCCAUGGCAGAAGAACUUCCUCGCUGUUGAUGUAUUUCGUUCACCCCUCUCCCGCGUCUUCCAGCUCGUGGAGGAGAUUAGAAACCAUGCCCUGAGAGACAGUUCUGGUGUCAAAAGCUUGGAGGACGUUUGCCUGCAGGUAACAGAUCUUCUGCCUGGCCUCAAGAAGCUGCGGAAUCUGCUCCCCGAACACGGCUGUCUGUUACUGUCUCCAGGGAACUUCUGGCAGAACGACCGAGAGCGAUUCAAUGCUGACCCAGAUAUUAUCAAAACCAUCCACCAGCAUGAACCAAAGACGUUGCAAACAUCAGCUACUCUCAAAGAUCUGUUGUUUGGACUCCCUGGGAAGUACAGCGGGGUGAACCUCUACAAUAGGAAGCGAGUGGUGUCGUACACCGUCACACUGGGUCUGCAGCGGUAUGAUUCCAGGUUCCUCAGCAGCCUCCGCUCUCGCCUCAAGCUGCUGCAUCCCAGCCCGAACUGCACGCUGCGAGAGGAGAACAUCGUUCACGUCCACUUCAAGGAAGAGAUCGGCAUUGCUGAGCUGAUUCCCCUCGUCACCACCUAUAUUAUCCUCUUCGCUUAUAUCUACUUCUCCACACGGAAGAUUGACAUGGUGAAAUCGAAAUGGGGUCUGGCCCUGGCAGCGGUCGUGACGGUGCUCAGCUCUCUGCUCAUGUCCGUUGGGCUCUGCACGCUGUUUGGUUUGACGCCCACUCUUAAUGGAGGAGAGAUAUUUCCGUACCUGGUUGUUGUGAUUGGCCUGGAGAACGUGUUGGUUCUCACCAAGUCCGUUGUCUCUACGCCCGUUGACCUGGAAGUGAAGCUACGUAUUGCCCAAGGCUUGAGCAACGAGAGCUGGUCGAUUAUGAAGAACAUGGCGACGGAGCUCGGGAUCAUCUUGAUCGGGUAUUUCACCCUCGUCCCAGCCAUCCAGGAGUUCUGCCUCUUCGCCGUGGUCGGCCUGGUGUCUGACUUCUUUCUGCAGAUGUUUUUCUUCACUACCGUGCUGUCCAUCGACAUUCGCCGUAUGGAGCUUGCUGAUCUGAACAAACGCUUGCCGGCGGAAGCCUGCAUGCCCCCAGCGAAGCCCGUCAGCCGCUCUCAGCGCUACGAACGCCAGCCAGCCAUGCGACCUGCCACCCCCCACACCAUCACCCUGCAGCCGUCAUCUUUCAGGAAUCUGCGCCUGCCAAAGAGGCUGCGGGUGAUUUACUUCUUUGCCAGGACCCGGCUGGCCCAGAGACUCAUCAUGGCUGGGACGGUGAUCUGGAUCGGAAUCCUGGUGUACACGGAUCCUGCUGGUCUCCGCACCUACCUCACGUCACAGGUCACCGAACAAAGUCCUUUGGGUGAAGCAGGGCUACCGCCUAUGCCUGUUCCUGGAGGGGUCCUGCCUGCUGGGGACCCCAAGAUCGAUCUCUCAGUCUUCCCGUCGGACACUAUACAGCUGUCAGAGAACCAGACACAGCAGCGUGAGCAGAAGUCAGGGCUGGAGUCCCUGAGCAGGCUGGAGACAAACCAGCACACAUGGGCCCACGGACCAGAGGGCAAAGGGAAUGGACAGACGGAGCUUGGAGCUGAAGCAGAGGUUACCUGGGGAGCAGAGGAUGAGGAGGUUUGGAGGAAGCUUUCCUUCAGACACUGGCCAUCCCUCUUUGGCUACUACAAUAUCACUCUGGCCAAAAGAUACAUCAGCAUCCUUCCAGCAAUCCCUGUCACGCUGUACCUGAACCCACAAGAGGCCUUAGAAGUGCGGCAUCCUCAGGAGGCGAACCGCUACCACCCCUUCUUGUCUUUGAGCGGCGGGAAGCCGGGUGCUGAAGCUCAGCCUGACCAAGCCUUCUCCAAGCUGCAGGGUCACCAGGAUGUCACCCUUUACAAGGUGGCUGCUCUGGGUCUGGCCUCGGGCAUUAUCCUGGUGCUCCUGCUGUUCUGCCUGUACCGGGUGUUCUGCCCCAAGAACUACGGGCAGAACGGGCUCUCGCACAGCAGGAGGAAGAGGGGUGACCUGCCCUGCGACGAUUACGGCUACUCCCCACCCGAGACCGAGAUUGUCCCCUUGGUUCUCAGAGGUCACCUCAUGGACAUUGAAUGUCUGGCCAGUGAUGGGAUGCUGCUUGUCAGCUGCUGCCUGGUGGGCCAGAUCCGCGUGUGGGACGCUCAGACUGGCGACUGCCUCACCGUUAUUCCCAAACCGAGGUUGCGAAGAGACAGCAGUGGCAUUUUUGAUUACCAGGAAAGCUGGGAUCAUAGUUCGGAUGGCAAGAAUGGUCUGGAUGACUCCUUUGAGAACAGUCACCAGCUCAAAAGGAUGCUCAGCCCGCCCCAGCCUCCGCUUUUCUGCGACCAGCCAGACCUCACAUCUCUCAUUGACACCAACUUCUCCGAGCAGGUGAAGGUGGCCGAGUCAGAGACGCGGCUCCGUGCUGUGGGCGGUCGCCAGAAGGAGACUUCGGAAGGGUAUGACUUCAGCAGCCUGGUGGGUAAAGUGUACGAGGAGCACAGCACCUCCAACUGCAUGAACUUCACCGGCCUCUCGGCCCCGCACGGACAGGCCGGCUUCUGCGUGGGGAGCGGCAGCCCCCGCUCACUGGGCUGUGGGACCGAGGGGGGAGGCUGCAGCAGCCGCAGGAGGAGCCUGGGGGACGAAUCUUUUACGGGAUUUGACAAAUCAUCACCGCUUCCUUCCUGGGGAGGAGACUUGGAGAGCUCUGUCUGGAGCCUGGACCUGCAAGGGAACCUGAUCGUGGCUGGCCGGAGUAACGGGAAGCUGGAGGUUUGGGAUGCGAUCGAGGGGACCCUCCGCAGCAGUAACGAUGAAGGUCAAUCUGGCAUCACGGCGCUUGUCUUCCUCAACAACAGGAUCGUCGCUGCCCGGUUGAACGGCUCAUUAGAUUUCUUUUCGCUAGAGACACACACAUCCUUGAACCACCUGCAGUUCCGAGGAGCCCCGAGCCGGAGCAGCAUCCCGUCCUCCCCUGUUUUCAGCAGCAGCGACGUUGUCCUGUGCCAGCUCACCCACACCGUCUCCUGCGCGCACCAGAAGCCCAUCACGGCGCUGAAGGCUGCAGCCGGGCGGCUCGGCACCGGCAGCAGCCCCGCAGACGCUCACGUCUCUCCUGCCCCACAGGUGUUCCGGCUGGAGGACUCGUGCUGUCUGUUCACGCUGCAGGGUCACUCGGGAGCCAUCACUGCCGUCUACAUCGACCAG